CUAGCUAUUAGCCCGCCCUGCCACACUAGGAUUCACCUGCCGUGAAUCCACAGUGAGUCUUUCUCCCUCAAUUAUGUAUCUUUGAUGUAGUGGAUUGUUGACAAUGUAUCAGGAUGCGUAUUGUAUCGGCCUCAAACCAGAGAUGUCCAGCCCUGUUCUUCAGACAUGAGGGUCUGCUUCACACCAACUCUAGGAUCUGGUCUUCUGUGGACUGUACCAGCCCGAGGAAUCUUCAACAUUUCAUUGAUUUAAUCUGGAGAACACAGUCAGAGUCAGAGAGACAGCAACAAUCCUCAAACCAAAGAGAGAAAUGGAAAACUCAGAAUCAACCAGCUGGUACCAACCGAUGGACAUAGAUGAGUCAAAUGAGACUCUGGAGGAGAUCAUCACAAGGUAUUGUCGCUGGCCAAGCCAAGACAAACCUCAUCCUCAAUACCAUCAGAGGCGCCCACCCCAACGGCAGGAGAGGUAUCCCGCUGCUGACAGCCAGGUCCAGGAGCUGCAGGAGAGGCUGGAGGAGGAGCAUAAACAGAGACUCCAGUGUGAGGAGGAGAACAGGUGUUUGAAAGAACAACUGAAACGCCUGAAGCACUCCUUUCAGCCUCAGAACCUCACCCACUAUGUGCAGCACACCACAGGGAAGUUCACUGGUAUAAUCAACGACCUAAACCAGAAGCUCACAGCCAAGGAGGAGGCCAAUAAGACCCUCAAGAAGGAGGUGGAGGACCUGAAGCAAUGGCUGGCAGAAGCCAAGACCAGCCAGACUGAGCUGUCCUCCAAAUUAACAUCCCAGAAUGAGGACAUGGACAGACUCAAGAAGGAGGUGGACAAUCUCACCAAUGAGAACGAAAACCAGACCUGGUUGGGUGACCUCGUUCUGAAUGAGCUGGCCGAGGUCAGGGAGAAGCUUUCGGCGCUGGAGGCCUUAGACCUCCAGGAGCAGGUGGACAAGCUCACCAAGGACAAGGCGAACCUAACCUGGUGGAGUGACCGCCUCAUGAAUGAGCUGGACGAGGUCAGGGACCAGCUUUGGACGCUGUGGGCUUCAGACACCAAGGAGGAGGUGGAGGACCUGAAGAAAAGGCUGGCAGAAGCCAAGACCAGUCACACUGAGCUGUCCUCCAAAUUAAAAUCCCAGGAGGACGACAGUGACAGACUCAAGGAGAAGGUGGACCAGCUCACCAAGGAGAACAAAAACAAAACCUUGUGGAGUGACUUUCUUAUGAAAGAGCUGGAAAAGGUCCGUGAGCAGCUUUUGGUGAUGGAGCCCCCCAACCAUCUGGCUCUCAAGGAGGAGACUGAUCUUGCAAAACUUAUGAAGAACCUGUCCCUCCAAGACAACACAGGGCCCUCCCUUCCCAGGGCUGAGACUUGGACUAAAGAACUGAUCAAGAUCUCUCCCUGGUGAACACCCCCCUAAACAGCUGCUGCCCCCCCUCCGUGGGUUUUUCUCCGGGUCACUCCGGUUUCAUCCCACACAAAAAAUUAGAAUAAAUUCGUGAAAAAUA